AUGGAUUUGUUAGGCGAUAUAGUGGAGAAAGAUACAUCCGACUCAGUUGAGAGCAAUGAGAAUGAUUUGCUUAUUAGCAACAACUCCAAAACGGGAUUCCCUGAAUUAUACAAGCCCAAGAAAAUAUCAUCAUGGAAAGAACGGUUGAGAGAGAAAAGAACCCAAAAGAAGAAAAGCAGCGCUAAAGAUGCUGAAAAUGAACAGGUGGCUACGGAUGUUCCUGUAUCAGAAGCAAGAUCUAUCCAUAAUGAGAAUAUUAAACUACUACAGGAAAUGACUGAUGAGCAAAUAAUACAAGAGCGUAAGGAUCUUUACGAUUCUUUGGAUCCUAAGCUGGUAACUAAGUUAUUAAAGAAUAUUAAUAAAAGGGCCAAAGAUGAAAACAAUACUCCAUUAUUUGCAGAAAUAGAGGGUGCUUCUGGCACCUGGGUAGGUGGCAAUAAACAAGGCAUAUAUGAUUUACCUCCCUUAGAGGAUGAAGAUGUAAACGCUGCUCUAGAUAUAAGGCCCAAUUCAAAACACGUCAAGUUUGACGAACAAGACAAAGAAGAGGAAAAAUAUAAUGAUGAUGUCGACGAUGUCGACGAUGUAGCGCCCUUAGAUUUCCAAAUGGCACAAAGCAUCGAUCACAUGAAAAACGAAGAUCUUUUUAAGGACGUUCAUUUUAUAAAAGAAGAAAAGCAAAGCGAGAUAGAAUUAGAGAAGUUAGACAUCAAUGAUCCUAACUUCAACGAUAAACUGCAUGAAAAAUAUUUCCCUGAUUUGCCCAAAGAGGUCAACAAACUAAAAUGGAUGCAAUCAGUUCAACAGAAAACAAACAAAAGUUACAUCAUUGAAGAUGUGUCUGAAUGUAGAUUUGAUUUUGAAGGUAAUCUUGUUCCGCCCACAAGACAAAUAGAUUCUACUAUUCACUCUGGCUUGCAUCAUCACAGCGAUUCGCCUGAACUCGCUGGUUACACUAUAGUGGAGUUAGAGCAUUUAGCAAGGUCCACCUUUCCUUCACAAAGAUGUAUUGCAAUACAGACUCUAGGGAGGAUCCUUUAUAAACUAGGUCAAAAGAGCUAUUACCAAUUAGUGCCGGAGAUUGAUGUUGAGACAUAUAAGGAAGACGGAAAUAUAUCAAACGUUAUGGACAAGAUUUAUUCCAUGUUCUGGGACUUAAUCAAAGACGGGAAAAUCAUCGAGUCACUAGAAGUUGCCUCUAACGACAAAUGCACCAGAAAUUUGUCUGUCAGAAAUUAUGCCAUUGAUGCUCUUUGGUUAUGGAAACAAGGCGGUGGGGACUUUAGGUCCAAGAAAUAG